AUUACAACCGUCAUUACGGGACUUUCCUCAUGACCCAGUCAGGGGCCAGAAGUCAGUAGUCUGUGUGGUUCGACAAGAAGGAAUGUAAAUGUCUGAGGACAGGGAAGCCCAGGACGAUGAGCUGCUUGCUUUAGCAAGUAUUUAUGAUGAGGAGGAGUUCCGCCAAGCACAGUCUGCACAGGGAGGAGAGAUCCAACUCUGCCUGGAGCUUCCUCCAGAUUUCAAAAUUGUUGUCAAAGGAGAGAAGCAAUCUGAAUAUGAUGUCAGCUUCUUCCCGCCUUUGGUGCUGAACUUUGAGCUGCCUGCAGACUAUCCUUCUAUAUCCUCACCAAUCUUUACUCUCAGCUCAAAAUGGAUGACCAGAGCACAGAUGAGCACUCUGUGUCGGCGCCUGGAUGAGCUAUGGGAGGAGAAUCAAGGUAGUGUGAUUAUUUUCACAUGGAUUCAGUUCAUCAAAGAGGAGGCUCUGGAUUUUCUGGGCAUCCAGUCUCCUCUUGAAGUCAUCAGAGGGGGAAAUAAGCCAGGUGGUGAGCGCAGGAAAACUGACCCUGCAGCUACAGCUCUAACACAGACUGGGAGUCAAUCUGAAAAAGCCGAGGAGAAGAUCAUUAAAGAGAAGAAGGAAAAGUCUGAAGCGCAGUUGACACCGUGUUCUCACCUGGACCAACGGGCCGUCCUUUUGAGGGAACCGCACGCCGACAUCCUACCUCAGCUCCUUGACUUUGAUGAGACGCAGCGCCAGAGGGUGUUUGACAGCAAGGUGUUCUGCUGUGGGAUCUGCUUUGCAGAGAAGAUGGGUGCCAACUGCCUUUGCUUUAAGGAAUGUCAGCAUGUCUACUGCCAGGCGUGCAUGACGGAAUACUUCCAGAUCCAAAUACGGGACGGCAAUGUUCAGUGCCUUAAUUGCCCUGAGCCAAAAUGUACCUCUGUAGCCACACCGUUGCAGGUCAAGCAGCUUGUGGAUGAUGAGCUGUUUGCUCGUUAUGACCGCUUGCUGCUACAGUCCACUCUGGACCUCAUGGCCGACGUGGUCUACUGUCCCCGUACGUCCUGUGGCACCGCUGUCAUGGUGGAGCCGGACACAACUAUGGGCAUUUGCACUGCCUGUCAGUAUGCUUUCUGCACACUGUGCAAGCUGGGUUAUCACGGGCUCUCGCAUUGUAAAAUCAAUGCAGAUGAAUUGCGUAACCUCAGAGAUGAGUACCUGUCGGCUACAACUCAGGGCCAGAAGUUCAUGGAGCAACGGUUUGGGAAGAGAGUCAUCCAGAAAGCAGUGGAAGAGUCCUUUAGCAGAGACUGGCUUGACGAGAACUGCAAGGGCUGCCCACGCUGUGGAACCAAUAUACAGAAAGAGGACGGCUGUAACAAGAUGACUUGUACCUCGUGUAAACAAUAUUUCUGUUGGCUGUGCCUGGGCCACCUCAGCAGAGUCAACCCAUACGGUCACUUUAACAACCCAGGGUUGCCGUGUUACAAUCAACUCUUCCACGGUGUAGACAUAGAGGAUGAAGAAGAUGACUUCUGGAGUGACGAGGAGGACUGACACCAGUGCAGUGGCACUGUUUGCUUCUCAUGAAUGCACUUUAACUAACUUAACAAUUACAUCACCUUCCCCGUGUCUGGGUUAGCCAAACAAUCUCCCUACAGUAAUGUGUCAGGGCACAGAGAAAUCUCACAGAGGUUUCUGUGGUUAUUGAAUCAGGAUGAGCAAGAGUGGCAGUAGCUUUUAUGUCGAGAGUGAAGCAGAUGGGGUGAUUACAGAAUUCACAGUUUUCCACCUCCCAUCGACACAAACCCCUCUAAAUAUGAUAAUGUGAUCAUUCAAAACUCUAACGGGAAGUGGAUUUCUCUUUAUUUUACAGUAGAUCAUGUCUACAUAAUUUUCUAAAUGGUUUCAUAAUCAGUUGAAGUGUUUAAUCUCAGUGUAGUCCAGACAGAUACUGGACUAUCCACGCUGCCUGUCGGAGGGAAAAGUUAGAACUCUGCACUUUUCUUUCUGUGUCAUAUUACAAACGUUAAGUAGCAACUCUUUGUCGAGCAUUUUAGCACAUGUUCAGAGUAUGACAUGGCUAACUUUAUGAGGAACAACCCUAAAGGUGGAGGAUCAUGUAUGAAUGUAUUUAUCCAACACUCUUAAUACACACAAUGAACAAAUAGGAAUAAACCGAUGGAGGCCAGCCAGGCCGCUAAAGCAGAGGUUUCUAUUUUGUUACCAUUGUUGGGCUUUGUUGGGGUGAAUACAAUGGGUUUCCCAUUCUUGUUGGUCAAUAUACACACAAAGUGCAAUGUGCAGGGUAUGUUCUGUAUGUUACAUGUACAGGGCAGGGUUGUCUUCUCCUGUGAUGCAGUUUUACCAGUCAUGUUUUUUUCCCCUUUUUCUUGAGUUUUACAAAAAUGCUCGAGCAGGUUGUAGAGAUGAAUUUCGUUCUUGUCCAUACACAAUUUAAUCAAUUGAGGACACUACAGUAAAUAUUAGUGCCAGCAGAGCAUCCCAAUGGUUUACUGGGAUUUUGAUAAUGAUGUUCAGGCCUUGGUGAGCAGCCAGGACAUAUCAGUAUGAUAUGGACUAGUUGAACACUCUCCUUUGUCAUGUUAUCGUUGCCAAAUGUUAGUAAGGCCAUUGCAUUGGACAAUAUUUACAUAAAUGUAUGUUAAUUUAUUCUAUGCCAUCAAAAGUUAAUCGGGGAAAAGGGCUAUUUAAUGCUAGCAGCGUUGUAUGAAAUUGUUGCAGACUUUCAUCAAAUUUGCUUAUUUCAGAUUUAAUGUUCUCUUAUUCAUUCAUUCAUUCAAUACACACAGUUUAUCUGUUCCAUCAAUGCAGACUCUGUAAUUUCAUGCCUUGUAUACGAUGCUUUUAAAUAAAGGUCAUGCAGAAUUCUGUUUAAA